GCUUUAUAACAAUGAAAUGAUGCAUUUGAGACGAAUUCAAUGAUAGCGAAUUUCUCACCUGAGUACUUUCGGUGCUCUGAGAAGUGACCACUGUAUUCUUGUCAUUAUUCCGGAGUAUCACGUCGAGAGAUCUGGAAUCGCUUCGUUAUUUACUCAUGGCUCCCAAAAAUGAUGAACGUUCAACAAUGAAUGAUCAACCAAUACUAAGCCUCCUCGCCGUUUGUAAAUAAUAAUGGCGCUCACGAACAGAUGAUCCGGUGACAUACUCACGUGGCGUACUCGCGCGAGAAAAACCACGCGAAUGUAUUUCCAUUCACGUGGGCCAAGCUGGAGUACAAUUGGGGACUACAAGCUGGGAACUGUACUGUUUGGAGCAUGGAAUUAGUCCGGACGGUAAAUUAAAAGAUGAUUCUCCAAGAGCAUCGGAAGAGGAUGAAUUCGGGGCUUUUUUCGAUCAACCAACAGUCAAAAAAUAUGUUCCACGUGCUAUAAUGGUCGAUCUUGAGCCGUCGGUAGUUGAACAAUUUCGCAAUUCCUCGUACCGCAAUCUCUUCCAUCCGGAUCAAUUAAUUUGCGGAAAAGAAGACGCCGCGAAUAAUUAUGCCCGCGGGCGUUACACAGCCGGUCAAAAACUCAUUGAUAAUUUGACAGAAAAGCUGCGACACCUUACCGAAAGUUGCAAUGGUCUCGUUGGUUUCCUCAUAUUCCACUCAGUUGGCGGAGGCACUGGAUCUGGUUUUAAUACGCAGUUGAUGGACGUCAUUACCAAUCAUUUUGGUAAGAAGAGCAAGCUCGAAAUUUCGGUAUACCCAUCGCCGACGAUUAGCACAGCAGUGGUAGAGCCGUACAACGCGAUUCUGUCGACCCAUUCGACGAUGGAUUAUUCGGACUGUACAGUUAUGGUUGAUAACGAGGCUCUCUACGAUAUAUGCCAUCGUAAAUUAAAUCUGGAUCGGCCUAUGUACAGAAGCUUAAAUCGCGUUAUAAGUCAAGUGGUAUCGUCUAUGACAGCGAGUCUAAGAUUCGGCGGGCCACUGAACGUAGAUCUUUCGGAAUUCCAAACGAACCUCGUGCCCUUUCCACGCAUACAUUUUUCUGUGUGCUCAUACGCACCGAUAAUAAGUCACGCCGUAGUUGAUCACAAAACGAUGGGCGUCAACGAGCUUACGAGCGAAUGCUUCUACCCCAAAAAUCAAAUGGCCAAAUGCGAUCCUUACAGGGGAAAAUACAUGGCUUGUUGUUUGCUCUAUCGCGGUGACGUCGUACCCAAAGAUGUUAACUUUGCUAUUGCCUGUGUCAAGCAAAAACAGGGCGUGGCUUUCGUCGAUUGGUGUCCAACGGGGUUCAAGGUCGGUAUAAAUCAUGAACCACCCACGGCGGUUCCGGGUGGAGAUCAAGCGACGGGGCAGCGAGCAGUGUCGAUGUUGAGUAACACAACGGGGAUAGCAAAAGCCUGGAUGAGAUUGAACCAUCGAUUUAAAAUGUUGUACUCGAAGCGAAGUUUCGUCCAUUGGUAUCUAGCCGAAGGUAUGGAAGAGUCGGAAUUCAACGAAGCAAUAGAAAACGUGACUGCGCUGGCAUCGGAUUAUAAAGAAAUAGAACAGGAUACCAAAUCAUCUGGGGAUCCCAUGAGUGAAGAUGAAUUUUGAUGCAAAUUUAAAGAUAUAUUUUGCAAACACUUUACACUAUUUACUACAACUUUUUUUGGCAAAUCU